AUGGCGGCGCGGGCCGGGUUCCAGGCGGGGCCCGCGAGCGGCGGCGGCGGCGGCGGCUCCGGGGCCGCGCUGGGCCCGGGCGCGCCGGGCGGGGCGGUUCGCAUGGGCCCGGCGCCGGGGCAGGGCCUGUACCGCUCGCCGCUGCCCGGAGCCGCCUACCCGCGCCCCGGGAUGUUACCGGGAGGCCGCCUGGCGCCGCAGGGCCCGGCCAUGGGCCCGCCCUACGGCGGGAGCCCCGCGGUGCGGCCCGCGCUGGCGCAGGCCGGGCUGGACCAGGCCCGCAAGCGGCCGGCGCCGCAGCAGCUCCAGCAGGUGCAGCCGCAGGCGGUGCCCAACCGCAACCACAAGUAAGGGACGGGGGGAAACGGAGCGUCCCGGGAGAAGAUGGCAGACAAAAUCCUCCCUCAGCGGUGAAUCCGGGAGCUGGUGCCCGAAUCCCAAGCCUACAUGGACCUGUUGGCCUUUGAGAGGAAGCUGGACCAGACCAUCAUGAGGAAGCGCUUGGAUAUCCAGGAGGCUCUGAAACGUCCCAUCAAGCAAAAGCGGAAGCUGCGCAUUUUCAUCUCCAACACCUUCAACCCGGCCAAGUCGGACGCGGAGGACGGCGAGGGGACCGUGGCCUCCUGGGAGCUGCGGGUGGAAGGGAGGCUGCUAGGACCCCACGUGGGUGAAUUCAGGUGUUCAGAGCUUACACAGGAGCUGUCGUGCACGUCUGCUCUGUCCAAAUACGAUGCCACCAAGCAGAAAAGAAAGUUCUCGUCCUUCUUUAAAUCUCUGGUCAUUGAACUUGAUAAAGACCUGUAUGGCCCUGACAAUCACCUAGUAGAGUGGCACAGGACUGCCACGACUCAGGAGACAGACGGCUUCCAGGUGAAGAGGCCGGGGGAGGUGAACGUGCGCUGCACUGUGCUGCUGAUGCUGGAUUACCAGCCCCCCCAGUUCAAGCUGGACCCCCGCCUGGCUCGGCUGCUGGGGAUCCACACGCAGACCCGGCCCGUCAUCAUCCAGGCCCUCUGGCAGUACAUCAAGACCCACAAGCUGCAGGACCCCCACGAGCGGGAGUUCGUCAUCUGUGACAAGUACCUGCAGCAGAUCUUCGAGUCCCAGCGCAUGAAGUUCUCUGAGAUCCCACAGAGGCUCCACGCGCUGCUGAUGCCCCCCGAGCCCAUCAUCAUCAACCACGUGAUCAGUGUUGACCCAAAUGACCAGAAGAAAACAGCCUGCUAUGACAUUGAUGUGGAGGUGGAUGACACCUUGAAAACCCAGAUGAAUUCCUUUCUGCUCUCCACAGCCAGUCAGCAGGAAAUCGCUGCUCUGGAUAACAAGAUCCACGAAACCAUCGAGACCAUCAACCAGCUGAAGACUCAGCGCGAGUUCAUGCUGAGCCUCGCCCGGGACCCUCAGGGCUUCAUCAACGACUGGCUCCAGUCCCAGUGCCGGGACUUGAAGACAAUGACUGAUGUCGUUGGGAACCGAGAGGAGCGGAGAGCCGAGUUCUACUUCCAGCCCUGGCAGGAGGCCGUGUGCCGGUACUCUACUCCAAGGUGGGUGCAGCAGCGACGGCAGGAACUGGAGCAGGCCCUGGGCAUCAGGAACACAUAGGGCUGCCCUGCUCCUGCCCAGCAGCACGGCUGUUUGUGGAGACAGAGCUGCAGAGCUCGCUGGUCCAGCUCCCAGGAUCCCACUCCAGCAGCGAGGCCCCUGUUCCUUCUCCUGGCGUUGUCCCUGCCGGGGGCAAGUCCAGGACAGCGGGGCUCUCGUGGGGUGUGACAGGCAGGCAGGCUCCACCCAGCACACAUUUCUACCUGGUUCUCUUCCUGACUGUUGCCUUGUCAGCCCCGAGGCUUCCAGGAGCCUCCCCGUGACUCCUCAUUGUCCCCGGUAGCCAGAGCUGACUUGGAGCCCUCUCCCAGCCCGUCCCUGCCCAGCCAGCAGCGGGCUGUGGCACUCUGGAAGCCUGGCUCUGCUCUAAGGUGUGGCUGGGCUCUUCCCUGCCACGUUUUACAGCCCGUGCCAGGCGCUGUCGUGGGCAGGAUGCCGUGGGCUGACAUACCUCCCUGCCCUGACCCCCCCUCCUCGGAGGGUGCUGCUGCACUGGGGCUGCCCCACAGGUCACUCCCCUCCUCGAGGAAGUUACUGGACUGUGUAGAGAAUUGCUUCUUCCCUUCUCCCUUUUUCCCUGUCCGUUCCUUUUUGUGUUCUGUGACGGGCUGUCCUGGCCGGGGUCACAGGGAGACGAAGUUUUGGCUUCCUGCAGGGCUUUGGAAGCUUGGAGUGAUGCAACUCUCUGCCCUUCAGACACCUGCCGUGGGUUCCCAGCAAACCACGUGGCUGCUUGUUUUCCCUGGAGCAGGGAGAGGGGAUGCAGCAGCUGCCUGGAGCUGUGCAUGGACACAGUGCCGUGGGCUCAUUGCUUUGGGGACAGUUGUCCCGUGUCACUUGCUGUGGGGACCAGAGGCUCCCUCGUGUGGAUCCGAGGACAGUCCUUGGGAACGGACAUUUUUCCAAGCCUAUGUGAGUCAGCAGGUGUUUCCAUGCCGAAGCUCCUGUGGUUUUUAGUCAAGUUUUAGGUCAUGGGGCUGCCAUAGGGCCCAGCAUGGUUCAGGAAUGUACAAAUAGAUUUACUGUGGGGAGCAGCAGCCCCGAUGCCCCUUCAUGGAAUGAAUUACUGGUGGUCAGGCUUAGGAGCACCAAAGCGCCCCAACCCCGGUGUUUCUGCCCGGGACUACAAUGCAAAUGGACUUGAAAAAGUUGGUCUGACUCCCUUGGAUGGCAGCAGGAUCCCCUUCCUGCCCAGCCCUCCCUCGGGUGGCCGAGGGGGCUGCUGUGAGCUCUUGGGUGGCCCUGCUGCUCCUCGUGUCGUGUUAACUACAUGUCUGUGAGUAAUAGACUCUCGACCUCCCCUCUCCUUUGCCCCCUGAAACGCUCCUCUGUGGUACUGGGGGGAAGGUCUUGGUGCUGGAGAAGCAGCCCCUGACUCCUCAGGGUACCCCCACGUGAGGGAUGUGCCGAGUCCCUGCGUAGGCGAACGUAGCUGUUGCAGAGUAACUGCUUUUCUUAACUGAAUAUUUACGGUUUGUUUCCAUGACCAAAUCUUUUUUUUUUGGUUUUUUGGUUUUUUUUUUGUACGGUAUCCUUGUAGACGUCACCCAGUUUUAAUAAAAGACUCCUGUGAAGGAA